UGGUGUUAAGUUGGGCAUCCUUUCACUUCAGCAACCCCAAACUACCGUCGUCGUCUCACUCCGCCACUGCCACCGCCACCGCUACCGCUCCUCCGUCACCCUCAACAGAGUGAUGGAAGAAAAAGAGAAGUUAGUUCAUUACAAAGUUGGGUCUUUGCCUACUCUAUUUUAUGUUCCUGACUUCAUCACAGACAGUGACCAAACCUUUCUUCUCAACAAUAUUUAUGGAGCACCUGCAUCCAAGUGGAAGUUGUUGAAGAAUAGAAGGCUACAGAAUUGGGGUGGCGUUGUCCAUGAGAAGGGCCUUCUACCUCAAGCUUUGCCUCCAUGGUUGACAAAUCUCACACAAAAAAUAUACGAAGAAUCUGGGCUAUUCCCAUCAGCAAUCAAUCAUGUUCUCAUUAAUGAAUACCUACCUAACCAAGGCAUAAUGCCACACCAGGAUGGGCCUGCCUAUUUUCCAGUAGUAGCUAUUCUUUCACUUGGAUCUCCUGUUGUUAUGGACUUCACUCCCCAUGCCAGAUUGAAAUUGGAUUCACAAGAUGAUAUAGACAAAGAUUCAGAGGGAGGAACUUUUGAGAUUGGGAAAGAUAAAUGGCUUGAUGAUCAUCACCCAUUCUCUGUUUUAUUGAUGCCUCGCAGUCUACUGAUAUUCAAGGAUAAGGCGUACUCAGAUUACUUGCAUGGUAUAAAAGAUUGUGCAGUACAUUGCUAUGAUGGGGCUGUAAAUGAAAUUGAAGCUUUGAAACACAAGGAAUCAGAUAGAUACCUUUUUAGCUCAGAGGAUGCAGUGGAAACAAUGGGCAAGGAAGAGUAUAGGAAUAUAUCAAGAAUAUCAAAUAGAAUUUCAUUGACUUGUCGUUUGGUACCAAAAGUUCGCAAAAAUUUGUUUAGGUUUUAA